AAGGAAUGCUGCAGGAUGCUCAUUAUUAUGGCUGUCAAACCCAGUGGCGAUUAGAGGGGAAAAAGCAUCAUUUUUCAUGUAAGAUUUGGGAGGAUGAUCAGCAAGAUGUCCGCUGCUGCCGUCGCGGUAUGGCUGGGCACGGUGGUCACCAUCUUGUCGAGGUCGCACGCAGACCGUAAUGUCUACCCAUCUGCAGGAGUGCUGUUCGUCCAUGUACUAGAAAGAGAGUACUUCAAAGGAGAGUUUCCACCUUACCCCAAAUCAGGUGACCCCAGCAAUGACCCGAUCACUUUCAACACCAACCUGAUGGGCUACCCCGACAGGCCAGGUUGGCUGCGCUACAUCCAGAGGACUCCUCAUAGCGACGGAGUGCUCUAUGGCUCCCCCACUGCAGAGCAUGUUGGCAAGCCCAACGUCAUAGAGAUUACUGCCUAUAACAGACGCACUUUCGAGACAGCACGGCACAACUUGGUCAUAAACAUCAUGGCCACAGAAGAGUUCCCCCUCCCCUACCAGGCAGAGUUUUACAUCAAAAACAUGAAUGUGGAAGAGAUGCUGGCCAGCGAGGUCCUGGGGGACUUCCUGGGAGCAGUGAAGAACGUAUGGCAGCCUGAGCGCCUCAACGCUAUCAACAUCACCUCAGCACUGGACCGUGGCGGCCGUGUGCCCCUGCCCAUCAACAACCUGAAGGAAGGAGUGUAUGUGAUGGUUGGUGCUGAUGUUCCCUUCUCAUCGUGCCUGCGGGAGGUGGAAAGCCCACAUAACCAGCUGCGCUGCAGUCAGGAGAUGGAGCCUGUCAUCAGCUGUGACAAGAAGUUCAGAGCUCAGUUUCACAUCGACUGGUGUAAGAUUUCUCUGGUUGACAUAAACAAAGUAGUCCCGGUAUACAUUACCCGUGCUGACCCAGGAACAGGAGUCCUGCCUGAGUUUGGGGUCUACAAACCCCCGUCUGAGUCUCUGAAGAGCCGGGACUACUUUUCCGACUUCCUCGUCACGCUGGCUGUUCCCUCUGCGGUGGCGGUAGUCCUCCUCUUCAUCCUCGGCUACACUUUGUGCUGUCGACGUGAAGGGGUGCAAAAAAGAAACAUGCAAACACCAGACAUCCAGCUGGUUCACCACAGUGCCAUCCAGAAGUCCACCAAGGAGCUGAGGAGCAUGUCUAAGAACCGGGAAAUCUCUUGGCCCCUCUCCACCCUGCCUGUCUUCAACCCAGUCAGCGGCGAGGUGGUUCCGCCCAUCCACCCGGACAACUACGAGACCACCAGCAUGCCCCUCAUGCAGACACAGACGAACCUGCAAAACCAGAUUACAAUACCACAGCAACGUCCAUCAGGUAAAUGGUAUUCCUGAGGAGAGGAAGGUGGCUGAAGCACUGAAUUUGUGACCAGACUGUUUGGAGCAGAUUUUGUUUCCGUUUUUUCUAACAUCUGUGCCAACCUGCAUGUCUCAAAAGUGUCUUAACAGAACUCUAGCGUCCAUAUGCACUUACACCUUGAAGAGUGAGUGUGAAAGAGAACAAGAGAGCUUAGCUGAUUAUAUAAAUACAUUAGAAUAUUUUGGAAUAUGUGUGUAAAUGUUAAAAAUGAGUAAUAUGUUUGUAUUUCUACUUGCUUUGCACAAUGGUCCUCUUCAAAGGAAAAGGGAGUUUUACAUGGAAAUGCUUUAGUUGUCAUGUUAUUGUAUGUAACGUGUCACAUGAUAAUAAAUUCUUUCAAAAAUCAUUUGUUUUUGAAUUCUUCUCAAUAAUUAA